AUGUGUCUUAAGAGGCGGAGUCCACAACUAAGAGCUGUGGACUCUGUGCAUGUUACCAAACGACCGGACUCCAUUAAGUCCGUAAAAUCUAAAAAAGAGCAGUCAGAAACCUCUGAAACAUAUAGACUACAACAACCAGAGAGUUGCUCCUACGGUCCACUCUGGCUUAAGAGAAGUACAAAGAGCAACCCACCGCCGCUGUAUCUCUUAGCUUUACGUCCCACAGUACGUGAAGAACACACCUCAAGGAUAAGGUUUAUUCCCUGGAAUAACGACAAGUGGAUCAAAUUA